CGGCUAGUCCUGGCGCCUAUGGUCGGUGCGAGUGAGCUGCCGUUCCGCCUGCUGUCGCGCAAGUACGGCGCCGACCUCUGCUACACUCCGAUGAUUUACUCGGCGCGCUUCGUGGAGGAUGACGCGUACCGGCAGGCCGAGCUGCGGACCGCGCCUGGUGACGCGCCGCUCGUCGCCCACUUUUGCGGCAACUGUCCCGCGACGCUGCUCAAGGCGGCCAGGCUGGCGGAGCCGCACGUGUGCGCCGUUGAUCUCAACCUCGGCUGCCCGCAGAGGGUCGCUCACUCGGGCAACUUUGGCUCGUACCUGUGCGCGACAGCGGAAGGCCGCGCGACAGUGCUCUCCAUCGUGCGCACGCUGAGCAGCCACCUACGUGUGCCGGUCUUUUGCAAGAUCCGACUGCUCGACGAGCUCGACGAGACCCUCUCCUUCGUGCGCCAGCUGCGCGACGCGGGCUGCGCGCUGCUCGCCGUGCACGGACGCUACCGCGGCUCGGCGACUCGCCGCAGGGACGGGCCCGCGCACCUCGAGCAGGUGGCUGCGGUUGUGGCGGAGGUGAAGCGUGCGGCCGGGGAGCAGAUGCCGGUGCUGUCGAACGGGAACGUGCGCAGCGCCGCCGACCUCCUCUCCGCGCUCGCCGCCACAGGGGCGGACGGCGUCAUGUCAGCGGAGGGGGCGCUCGACGACCCGGCCAUCUUC